AUGGCGGCCCCGGCCCUCCCAGAGCAGCUGCUGCCGCCGCAACAGCAGAGAGGGGAGGAGAACGGCUGCGAGGACAGCCUCAGCCCGGGGGAAUCAGGCGAGGAGAAGGGUGAGUCGUCGUACCAGCGCUCCCGGUGCAAGCUGGAGAACCUCCUCAACAAGAGCAUGCGCAUCCGCAUGACGGACGGGCGCACCCUCGUGGGCUGCUUCUUGUGCACCGACCGAGACUGCAACGUCAUCCUGGGCUCAGCCCAAGAAUACCUCAAGCCCACAGACUCCUUCUCCGCGGGAGAGCCCCGAGUCCUCGGACUGGCGAUGGUUCCCGGACAUCACAUUGUCUCCAUCGAAGUGGAGCAGGAGAGCUUGGCGUCCUUGCAGUACCUCUGAUGCACCAGCAGAGAGCAGCCGGUCUCAACACUUGGG